ACAAAUUUUGCAAAAUGGCUUAUAAGGAUAUUGUACCUGUUGGCACUGGAUUAAUUAUCGCCGCUGCCAGUUUUGGUUUGGGAGUUGUCUACGCACAAUGGCCAUAUGAUCUCAACACCUUGUGGAAGCACGAUGAGACUGGAGCAGCUUUUGACUUGUCGUUGGCACAUUACACGUUAUGGGCUCAAUCGCCAAACUAUGUGCACCAUGUUUUGCACUUCGUCAUGGGUCUCGGGCUUAUUGGAUCGUUUAUCAAGUUGUACAAGCCCAAGGGAGAUGCCAAGUACUUUGAGUAUGGUUCCUUGGGAUUGCUUAUGGUAGCAAUCAUUAUCUACUUGACCAACUUGAGAAUCGGAGUCAACUCGUGUCUUACUGGUCAAUGGGGUGACGUGGACAUGAAUACUGGAGUUAAUGUCAUUGCUGCAUCCGAAGCUAUGAUUGUUUUGGUCCUUGUAGGUGUCUUGACCUUGCAAGCUGGUUUGUACUAUGCUGAGUGGUAUGAUGAAAAGCUCCGUGAGGAUUUCUUCAAGAAGGAAGCCGAAGCUGCUGCUGCUAAGGAAGAAGAAGCCAAGGGUGAAUCCACCGGCGUGGAUUCCAAGAAGAAGGCAACCAAGAGAAAGUAGCUCCACUUAUUCUAAUAUUGUAUAUUCGUAUUUCCAGGAGUGAAUUUUCAGUAAUUUAAUGGAUUUUCAACAGUUUUCAAUAGUUAAUUUUUCAGAGCUAUAGUAAUUUUCAGAGCGUAAAUGUAAGAAAUAUCCAUAAAUUUUCAGGAAUGUUUUUCGAGCUCUAUCUGACAGUUUAAUUCUACAAUAUAAGCACCUAAAUAUCUAUUCUUC